AUGUCGGAGAUGCUUGAUGUCUACUGGCAGGCGCCGCCCAUCGCAAGAACCCUUGCGACGGCCGCCUUCGUCACAUCCAUCUCGGUCCUCUUGGGCAUCGUGAACCCGUACUGGUUCAUCUUCAUGCCGGAUUUCUUAUUCAGAAUCCCGCCUCAGAUCUGGCGCCUGGGCACCAACUUCCUGCUCACGGGUCCCCAGCUCGGCCUGCUGUUUGACACGUACUUCCUCUACCACUACCUCACCGCCCUCGAGAUCGGCAAUCCCCGCUUCCCGAGGCGCGAGGAUGUCGUCUGGUAUCUCAUGUUUGUGUGCACCGUCAUCACGGCGCUCUGCACCUACCUCAUGGGCGGAGGAGCCUUCUUGCCCGCCUUGAUCCUCGCUAUGUGCCGUACCGUCACCCAGGACCAGCGCGGCAUGAAGGCCAACUUCUACUUCGUCACCAUCCCCGCCCAGCUGACGCCCUUCUGCAUGAUGCUCGUCUCCCUGCUUUUCCCCGGAGGUUACUACAAUUUCAUGCUCCAGCUCAUGGGUUUCCUGGCCGCCCACAUGUACGACUUCCUCACCCGCAUCUGGCCCGAGUUCAGCGGAGGCCGCAACCUGAUCCCCGCGCCCUCGUUUCUGUCGAGGCUCGUUCAGACACCGAGGUUCUACCGCCGCGAGUACGGCACCGCAGUGAACAACCGCGCUCAGGCUGGAGGCCAGACUGCCGGCGGCAGCAGCACCGGGGCCUCUCUGGGUAAUGGACCCCUUCCCGACUCGUGGAGGACUAGAGGCCCUGGACGUCGGCUGGGCGAUUAG